AUGUCUGCUUUCUGUCUGUGUUGUGCAAUCUUCCUCUGUCUCCUUUGCAGCACCCUGGCUGGGAAAGGUGAGUGGUGUUUAUUUUAGUUUUCUAUUGGGAGGUGGACAUCUUUUUGAGUUCAUGGAAAGGGGUGGUUUUUUAUUUAACAUUUCAUCUAGUCAGUUUUACAUUUAAAAUAUAUUAUGUACAGUCGACUCCUGAUAAGUGCACUUUGAUUAAGUUUGAAUUCUUUAAGUACAAUACAGUUUUCCAGUCUCAUUUCAAUUACAUGAUUGUUAAUAGCUUGCUCCUGAUGCUCUGGCACGACAGUCCCAAGCUAUUGCCUUUUUCAGGAGUCCACUGUAAUCUAGAGUCCACUGUAAUCUAGAGUUGCAAUAUCAUAGAGGUACAAUACAACAGGCUGUUUUCAAGUCAUUUACUUUUCAAGUGCAAUAUUCAAAUGAGAGUAGUAGAUGGCUCCUUGUAAUCAUAAUACGUUUCCAAAAAUAGACCCAGACUUCUGUGAAACUAGUUUAGGGUAGUGAAAAUCUCCUUAACUGACUGAUUGGUAUUGGUUUAUCCUUAAAGAACAAAACAUGUGACACAUAUGGUGUGUGUGUUUCUUCCAUUCUCCCAUCUGCUCAUAAAAAGGGAACAAUGGACUACUGGUCCGAAAGCAGAAGGGAGACACCAUGACCAUCCACUGCAGCACCACUCUACAAGACCAAAACAACCUGAGUGUGUUUAUGCGCCUGACAAAAAAUAUACUAGUCUUCUACUAUUACCAGGAAACAGGAAAAAUCACCAUCCAUGAAAGGUUCCAACUCAGAUUGACGACUAACGGAGGACUCAACAAAAUGGACAUCACCAUCACAAACCUGACCAUAGAAGACUCUGGGGCCUACUGGUGUUUGUACGGUGUUUCUAAGAAACCCAAAACUGAGGGGGAAGGAGCUGUUUUGCUGGUGGUGAAUGGUGAGUGUCUCAGCCAGUCCUGAUUCGCUCCCUAACCCUCCAUUUGGCACUUACUAUACCCUUCAAUGUUCAAAUUCAAUUUUUGGGUCACAUGCACAAGUACAGUGAAAUGCUUAACCUGCAAGCCCUACCCUACAGUGCAGUAUUCAAUAUCAAAAUAUUAUAACUAAUAAGACAAUAAAUAAAAAACAACACAAUAAAUAACAUAGGAAGCUUAUAUACAGGGUCAGUGCCAAUACCAGAUGUACAAUGUGCAGGGAUACUGGAGUAUUGUGGUAGAUACAGUGUGGGAAAAAAGUAUUUAGUCAGCCACCAAUUGUGCAAGUUCUCCCACUUAAAAAGAUGAGAGAGGCCUGUAAUUUUCAUCAUAGGUACACGUCAACUAUGACAGACAAAUUGAGGAAAAAAAAUCCAGAAAAUCACAUUGUAGGAUUUUUAAUGAAUUUAUUUGCAAAUUAUGGUGGAAAAUAAGUAUUUGGUCACCUACAAACAAGCAAGAUUUCUGGCUCUCACAGACCUGUAACUUCUUCUUUAAGAGGCUCCUCUGUCCUCCACUCGUUACCUGUAUUAAUGGCACCUGUUUGAACUUGUUAUCAGUAUAAAAGACACCUGUCCACAACCUCAAAACAGUCACACUCCAAACUCCACUAUGGCCAAGACCAAAGAGCUGUCAAAGGACACCAGAAACAAAAUUGUAGACCUGCACCAGGCUGGGAAGACUGAAUCUGCAAUGGGUAAGCAGCAUGGUUUGAAGAAAUCAACUGUGGGAGCAAUUAUUAGGAAAUGGAAGACAUACAAGACCACUGAUAAUCUCCCUCGAUCUGGGGCUCCACGCAAGAUCUCACCCCGUGGGGUCAAAAUGAUCACAAGAACGGUGAGCAAAAAUCCCAGAACCACACGGGGGGACCUAGUGAAUGACCUGCAGAGAGCUGGGACCAAAGUAACAAAGCCUACCAUCAGUAACACACUACGCCGCCAGGGACUCAAAUCCUGCAGUGCCAGACGUGUCCCCCUGCUUAAGCCAGUACAUGUCCAGGCCCAUCUGAAGUUUGCUAGAGUGCAUUUGGAUGAUCCAGAAGAGGAUUGGGAGAAUGUCAUAUGGUCAGAUGAAACCAAAAUAGAACUUUUUGGUAAAAACUCAACUCGUCGUGUUUGGAGGACAAAGAAUGCUGAGUUGCAUCCAAAGAACACCAUACCUACUGUGAAGCAUGGGGGGUGGAAACAUCAUGCUUUGGGGCUGUUUUUCUGCAAAGGGACCAGGACGACUGAUCCGUGUAAAGGAAAGAAUGAAUGGGGCCAUGUAUCGUGAGAUUUUGAGUGAAAACCUCCUUCCAUCAGCAAGGGCAUUGAAGAUGAAACGUGGCUGGGUCUUUUCAGCAUGACAAUGAUCCCAAACACACCGCCCGGGCAACGAAGGAGUGGCUUUGUAAGAAGCAUUUCAAGGUCCUGGAGUGGCCUAGCCAGUCUCCAGAUCUCAACCCCAUAGAAAAUAUUUGGAGGGAGUUGAAAGUCCGUGUUGCCCAGCGACAGCCCCAAAACAUCACUGCUCUAGAGGAGAUCUGCAUGGAGGAAUGGGCCAAAAUACCAGCAACAGUGUGUGUGAACCUUGUGAAGACUUACAGAAAACGUUUGACCUGUGUCAUUGCCAACAAAGGGUAUAUAAUAAAGUAUUGAGAAACUUUUGUUAUUGACCAAAUACUUAUUUUCCACCAUAAUUUGCAAAUAAAUUCAUAAAAAAUCCUACAAUGUGAUUUUCUGGAUUUUUUUUCCUCAAUUUGUCUGUCAUAGUUGACGUGUACCUAUGAUGAAAAUUACAGGCCUCUCAUCUUUUUAAGUGGGAGAACUUGCACAAUUGGUGGCUGACUAAAUACUUUUUUCCCCACUGUAAGUGGUGGGUGCAGAUAUUGAAGGGUUAGGGUCAAGAGGAGGGUUAGGGAACGAUUCAGGACCAUUGUCUUAAUGUGAGCUCUGAGUGGCGCAGUCUCAUAGGAACAAAUCCUAACUUGAGGCUGUAACUUCUAAACAAGUUUAGAUUGGUCAAUUUGUUGAGUUGUAUGGUAUUCUUCAACAUCUCUGUUAUAACAUGAAUUGCCCCUGGGGAUAUUUUAAAUAAUAUGUACUGAACUGAAUUAAAAAAUGUGUUCUACUCUGGUGUGUUGCUGUACCACAGAUGACCAGAAUGGUGCGUCCUCAGGGCUAGGCAUUCCCAGGUAUCUGGUGCUGGUCUCAGCUGUCACUGCUGGCUCUGUGCUUCUCCUGAGUCUGGUUAUCCUCUUCAUCUGGGUCAUCCCCAGGGUAAGUACUACAGUAAAGUGUGUGUGUGUGUGUGUGUGCCCACAUGAAAACAUACUACAGUUUACUAUAGAAUACUACAGUACUUACUAUAUAAUUCUGUAGUAAACUGUAAUAUACUGUACAAUACUAUACACUGUAGUAUCCCUCGAUCAUGUAUAGUACUUACUAUAUAAUGUUGUAGUAGACUGUAGAAUACUGUAGUAAAUACUACAGUAUUGUCUGCAAAAACAUUACAUCUGCAAAAACGCUAGACUUUAACGAUAGUAAAUACUACAGUAUUUCAUUUGCAUAUACCCUGCCCAUUCCCCUCCCCCGUAUCCCAAUUUGUGCCAGGUUAUAGAAAAGAACAGAAGCUCUGAACUAUCUGUUCAGACCCCAGUCCUACCUACCUACCUACAGGUUAUGGAACAUUUUCUCUUUUAGUAUUUCUCCAGUAGGUUUCCUCAAGGAAAAAGCCUCCACUUCUAUGUCAAAGAUAAUACAACUAAAACACUAUAGUAAAUACUACAGUAAUGUCCUCAAAAACACUACAGUAAAUACUACAGUAUACAAUCUGCAAAAACACUGCAGUAAAUACUACAGUAUACUACAGUGUAUACUACAGUAAAUACUACAGUAAACAAACCGGAAAAAACUACAUUAAAUACUAUAGUAAAUAAUACAGUUAAUUUAUUACAGUAUUUAUACUAUAGUUAACUGUAAAUACUACAGUAUACUACAGUAAGUACUACUUUAGUACGCAGAAACACUACUAUAAAUACUACAGUAUAUUACAGUCCGCAAAAACACUACAGUAAAUACAAUAGGAUAUAAUUCAGUUAUUUUACUACUGUAUUUAUACUAUAGUUAACUGUGUAUACUACUUUAGUCCACAAAAACACUACAGUGAAUUCUACAGUAUUUAUAUCAUAGUAUACUAUAGUAUUUUUUCAUGUGUGUGUGUCGGGUGGCAAGAUUGCCACAUCAGCACUGUCUCUACUGACUGUCUUUGGUAGGGAAAUGCACCGUUUUUAACUUCAGCCUUUUGCUUUGACUCAUAUAUGUAGACCUGAUGGAAUCUAUUGGGGAAGUUCUAUUAUCAGUACUGCAACAACAUAUUUGACAGGAAAUAGCUCCUUGCACUAGACAUGUUCAGUGGUAGUGUUUGAUUUGAUCUACAUUGAUCGUAUUUCAUGAGUUGUGUUAUAACUCAUGAAAUACGAUCAAUGUAGAUCAAAUCAAACACUACCACUGAACGAACUGCUUCUGGGGUCUUGCGUAAAUUCUGCCCCCGCAUAUUCCAUCUCAUCUUACUCAAGUGUGUGUGUGUGUGUGUGUGUGUGUGUGUGUGUGUGUGUGUAUGUAUGUAUAUGUAUAUUUUUGACAUUUGCAAUGUGUUAAUGUAAGUUCAAUUAAUUUCAAUUCAAUACAAAAUAUAUUUACUGAAACACGAGCACUUCUGAUCCGUCCCCCUUCUAAAGACACUGGCGGCAGGUAGCCUAGCGGUUAAGAGCAUUGGGCUAGUAACUGAAAGUUCGCUGGUUCGAAUCCCUGAGCCGACUAGGUGAAAAAUGUGUUGCUGUGCCCUUGAGCAAGGCACUUAACCCUAAUUGCUCCUGUAAGUUGCUCUGGAUAAGAGUGUCAGGUAAAUGUUGGAAAAAAAAAAAAAAUUGUUGUUGUUAAUAAUAUAGCCUACUAAUAGUACCAUAUCUGACCAUUAUCUCUUGUCUUCCCAGUUAAAGGCAUGGCGUUCAACGAUGAGACCAACACAGGUCAGGACUAGCGACGUCUAUGAAGACAUGCGCACCACCAUCAGA